GAAAUAUGAAAAAAUGAGUUCUUAUCACUGCUUGAUGUGCUUCUCUUUUACUUCCAGUAUUCGUCGACUAGAUUUCAAAUGGAAUAGAAGUUAAAUUGAGUCGCUGUGAAGUAAAAUAUUAAAUAAAUACGUCGUUGUUGUGAUUAUUAAUUUCAUAAAUCCACGAAGGAAAGAUGUCUAAAAUUAUUGAAAUAAUAUUACUGAUUGCGGUGAUAGCAGUUGCAGACGCCAUUAAGUGUAAUUUUGUGUACCAAGAUUCUGAUUUGAUUACUCCAAAUGAAGGCAUAGUUUGGCCAAACGAUCCAAACAGAUUCAAGCCUCAGCCAAAAAAAUAUGAAGAAACUAAAUUUGUCCCAUUCGAAUGUGACGAACCUAACUUGGAAGAUUUCAUUCCAAUCAGUGUAGGCAACGUAAGUGUAAAUAAUAGACUCGAUCCCGAAGGAUUUAUCUUUGUGGAAGAAAGUUGUCAUUCACAAAAAAAGACAAUUGCACCAAAGGCACUUAACAAUAUUGAAAAUAAGCUGAGAAAAAUUGCUGUUGUUCAAUCAAUAUCAAUUGAAGAAUGCGUUAAUCCAAAGUCGCCUUGCACUUCUGAAGUAGUUCCAGCCAACAAAUUAGUGAUAUGUGUACAAAAACAUUUGACUAUUUUUCUAAAAGCAUAUGACGAUUCUAAUAAAGUACUCGAGGAACCUUUUUAUUAUCCUUCAGCGUGUGUUUGUGCUACAUAUUUGAAGAAAUCUGAGAUGAACUAGGAAAAAAUCAGACACAAAAUAUACUCGACUUUUUUUUAUUCGAUUUCACAAAAACAUUUAUUUCUCUAUAUAUUUUUUUUACUUAUGCUGUUAAUAAGACUUUUUUCAGAAAG